AUGGCCGACGGAUCGCCGAAGAGCGCGCCGCCGCCAAAGGGCGGGGGCGGGGGCGAUGGCGCACCGGACUACUUUGCGCUCGCCCCUGCACAGGGCACGACCACGCCGCCGGAGCGCGCCGACCCGGUCGUGCCGGCGGACCACCCGUGGGCCGCGAUGCUCGCGCCGCCCACGCUGCCGCACGGCGGAUCACUGCAGAGUGGUGCGCACGGCGGUCUGCGCACGCCGCUCACAUUGCCACGCACACCGGGGCUGCCGCGUACGCCAAAUAUAGAUAAGGGCUCAGAAAAAGGGGCGUCACUCGGCGCGCCACCGACAUCCGGCGCCUCGCUCGGGGUGCCCGGCGGAGCGUCGCUCGGGGUGCCCGGCGGAGGCUCGCUCGGGGUGCCCGGUGGUGCGCCAUCGCUGGCAGUGCCGGGCACGUCUGGGGCGCUGCACACCUCGCCGCCGUCGCUGCUUGUCCCCCCCGCGCCGGGCCGCUCGCACUCGAUUCCCAGCGGCCCCGACGCACCGAGCGGGCGCCUCCCCUCUCCUUCACUGCCCCGCGGCGCCCUCGCAGGUGCGGCGCGUGUGCCGCAGAAGGUGCGUGCGCCGCCGCCGAGCGAUCCUGCGGUGGAGAGUGGGCGUAUCCAGUCGAUUUCCGCGCCGGACCUCGCUGCGAUGCUCGCGGCAGGCGACAGCGGGGACCCUGUGCUGCUGGUCGACAUCCGCCCUGCGACUGCCUUUUCUAAGGUGCAUAUCCGCGACAGUGUCAACCUCUGCGCGCCGAGCACGCUGCUCAAACGUGCGGAAUUUACCAUUGACCGCCUCGAGACCCAGAUGCUCGACCCGGGUGCGGAGCGCGACGCCUUUUCGGUUUGGCGCAGCCACGGCGCAUCGGGGUGGAUUGUCGCGCUGGACACCGAUGCGAUAUCCCCCACGAGCAUGGGGCGCUCGACGUCGGGCGGGGGUGGCCCGUGCCUCGUUGGGCUCCUGCGCAAGUUUGACCAGGAAAAGUACCCCGGCCGCCUGCGCUGGCUACACGGCGGAUUUUCCGCGUUCAAGGCGCAAGAAAGCGCACGCGCGCACCUCGUCCACGGCGACGUCGACCUGAGCCACUGCGCCGCGCCGACGCAGCCCGAGAUUGUGCGCCCGCGUGGCCUGUCGCUCGACGCGUUCCGCCUCACGACCUCGGGCGUGGACAGCACCGCAGCGCCGCCCGUGCAGGCGACGAACCCCUUCUUUGACAACAUCCGCCAGAACCUCGAGCUGUCGUGCGGCAUCACGGACGUCGUCCCCCUCGAGAUGGACCUGACUGAGACCCAAAAAGCGCGGCUGCCCCGCUUCCUGCAGAAUUUGCUCGACAUGCCGUCGAAGGAGCGCGCGGACCACCUUGCGCAACAGUUCUUCGAGGUGGAAAAGAGCGAGCAGGAGCGGCUGCGCGGCGUCAUGGCGCGGCACACGCACGACUCGUUCAAGGGACCCGCGCCCGGCAACGACAAGCUGCUCUCGGCGCGCGCCGCGAACCCACGGUCGCCCACGGAGCGGCCCGUGUGCAACGACAGCUUUCCGCUGAGCAUCACCGCCGCGCUCGAGCGGGGUAUGGACAAUCGCUACCGCAACCUGUGGACGUUUGAGCACUCGCGCGUGAAGCUCGCGCGGCCGAUCGAUGCCAAAGACGCGGGUUCAAACUACCUGAAUGCCUCCUUUAUCAACCCCUUGCGCCACCUCGGCGGGCACCGCGUGUACCUCGCGACCCAGGCGCCGCUUCCCGUGACCUUUGAGGCAUUCUGGGAGGCGCUGUGGGAACAAGAGUGCCGUAUUAUCGUCAUGCUCUCGCGCGAGUUUGAGGCGGGGCGACAGCAGUGCCACAUGUACUGGGAUUAUACCUCGGACCGGCUCCGUGUCCGCGUCGAGAAAGAGGAGCCACUGCGCCGCGCAGACCUCGGACUGGACGACAAGGGCAGCGAGGCCGUUGCGCUGCGCCGCACCCUCGUGCUCUCACACUCGGACGGCGCCUCGCCGCGGCGCAUCGUCCAGCUGCAGUACCUCGACUGGCCGGACCACUCGGUGCCGGACUCGGCCGACGAGCUCCUCGCCCUCGCAAGCCUCGCGGACGAGGCGCGCCUCACGCACAAGGUGCCGGGCCCAUUUGUGGUACACUGCUCCGCCGGCAUCGGGCGCACCGGCGCGCUGAUCACCAUCGACUCGGUGCUCUCCUACUUGCGCAACACACGCUCGAUGCCCGGCACGGGGCCUACGCCGGAGCAGGCACACGAGGCGUGGCACGGGCAGCGCGACCUCAUCUUUGAAGCGCUCUCAAUCAUGCGCGAGCAGCGCAUGUCCAUGGUCCAGACCGUGCGCCAGUACGUCUUUGCCUACCGCGCCGUGAUCGAGGCGCUCCUCGCGUAG